UCCUUCGGCAUUCAGUGACUGACGGCGCCAUAUUGAAGGACAUAAUUCCUUUCGUAUAACGCGCAAAAUCACAAAUCUGCCAAGAUGUUGUAUUUAGAGGACUACCUCGAAAUGAUCGAGCAGCUACCCAUGGAUCUCCGCGACAGGUUUACGGAAAUGAGAGAGAUGGACCUGCAAGUACAGAACGCUAUGGACCAGUUGGAGCAACGGGUCAAUGACUUUUUCAUCAACGCUAAGAAAAACAAACCCGAAUGGCGAGAAGAGCAGAUGGAAGUCAUUAAAAAGGACUACUACAAGGCGUUGGAGGAUGCUGAUGAGAAGGUGACACUAGCCAAUCAGAUUUAUGAUCUGGUGGACCGCCACCUGCGUAAGCUGGACCAGGAGCUGGCCAAGUUCAAGAUGGAGCUGGAGGCGGACAACGCCGGCAUCACAGAGAUCCUGGAGCGACGAUCGCUGGAGAUGGACAGCCCCUCUCAGCCUGUCAACAACCACCACGUCCACUCGCACACCACCGUGGAGAAGCGCAAGUACACCACGCAGCAGUCCCACCACACGACGGAGCACGUCCCCGAGAAGAAGUUCAAGUCAGAGGCGCUGCUCUCCACACUCACAUCCGACGCCUCCAAGGAGAACACACCAGGUAUCCGUGCCAACAGCGUGUCCUCCUCCUCCAACAGUGUGUACAGUGUGAACUCGUCUCAGCCUCUGGGCUCCUACAACCUGACCUCUCUCCCCGCGGGGCCCGGCACAGGGGCCGGGGCCAUCACCAUGGCAGCCGCUCAGGCGGUACAGGCCACCGCACAGAUGAAGGAGGGCCGUCGGACGUCCAGCCUGAAGGCCAGCUACGAGGCCAUCAAGAACAACGACUUCCAGCUGGGACGCGACUUCACCACCGUGGGCUCCUCGUCCUCUUCGGGGGGCGGGGGGCGCGGUGGUGGUGGUGGUGGAGGUGGUGGAGAGGGGGGCGGCUACUCCUCCUCGGCCCUGGCCUCCACCCUCACCCAGAACAUGGGGGGCCAGCCCGCCAACAGCUCCUCCGGCGCCUCCUCCACCUCGGAGGCACGAGGCAGCGGACGCAAGACCAAAGACAGCAGAGCCAUGCUUAAGGCUUACAGAGAGGUACAGCAUAGCAUGUAUGACACCAGUAAAACAGCAUUGUUCGAUUCCAUCACCAGCAACCUCUCAGAGUCGCGCGGGAGCGGACGCAAGACCAAGGGCAACAACAAGUCUUCCAGCCACCACCAGUCCUCCUCCUCGUCCUCCUCCUCCUCCCUGUCCUCCUGCUCCUCCUCCUCCGCGCUGGCCCACGAGCUGGUGCAGCAGAGCGCCGCACUGCCAGAGGCCGACGCCAACAGCCAGGUGGACUGGACCUACGACCCCAACGAGCCCCGAUACUGCAUCUGCAACCAGGUGUCCUAUGGUGAGAUGGUGGGCUGUGAUAAUCCAGACUGUCCUAUCGAGUGGUUCCACUACGGCUGCGUGGGCCUGACCGAGGCUCCCAAGGGCAAGUGGUACUGUCCCCAGUGUAACGCCGCCAUCAAGAGGAGAGGCAGCCGACACAAAUGAGAUCCCACCUUACACCCUCACCUCCCCUGCCCCCUUGCCACCACCCCAAACCCAGCCCAGUACAAUACUCCCUUACCUCUAUUCUAUUCACACACCCUGGAUAACACCUCGCCACUCAUCUCCCAACGCCAAUACGGGAUUGAGCUCCACACUCGAGAGCAGACAUGGAAUAUGCCUCCCGAAACGUGCUAUUCUCCAUUCUGCUCUGCUCCCUCUAACGUAACGGCCUCUUCAUUUUUUGUGCUCAUGACCCCUCAAAUGCCCCGAGUGUGGAGCCCCUAUAACCAGGAGAGUAGAAUCAGACCCC